ACAUGGAUAUCUGGUCCCAGGAGAACUGGCAGGGUGAUCCAGCAGAAAUUGGCUUCACUCUGUACUUUGACGACCUCCUGAAGCAUUCAAAGUCACAGCAGUUUCAUGGUUUAAUGGGCCGUAGCUUAGGAAACAAUGGAGAGAUGUUUGUUGGACUGAUGGGCAAGCGAUCUUCAAAGGGUGGUAAGUAUUUCAUCCUACACAUGAAAUCAGUUUCUGAUUCUCUGUCUGAAUCUAAAUAUAGACUCAAAUUGGGUAAACACAAUUGCUCAAUUGCAUAGUUUAGUCCUGCAGUAGCCUAUAUUACAAUAUCAAUUCCCCACCCAUUUAAAGCCAUUGACAGGUCUGUAUAUAUCCAGUAAUAUGUACAACAAUGUAUUAAUGUAUCCUCUCCCUUUGACAGAUUUUGAAGAGGUUCCAGAGAAGCCACAGUAAUGCUAAUUA